AGAAAAUAUGGCUUUAAUUUUGGCUAAAGCCAAUAAAUAUAUUUUUUCUCUUCACAAUUCUAUUCCAAUUUUAUUCUUCUUCACCUCUUUAUUUAUUUACCAAACAUUACAACAAGAUGCAGGUCAAGCCUCUAUGCCUAGCGCCGUUCCAACUCAGCACAAAGUUGGCGUUACCGAAUUAAAUAUGCAAAAUUUGGAAUUGGUUUUGAGGAGUGCUCAGAUUGUUUUUGUUGCGUUUUGUGCAGAUUGGUGUCCUUUUAGUAGACGAUUGAAACCAAUUUUUGAGGAAGCUGCGGUUAAAUGGCACGAUGACAAUCCAAAUAGUAGUGUUGUAUGGGCUUUAGUUGAUAGUGUUGCACAGGCUGAUGUUGCUGAUAAAUAUUUUGUUAACAAAUAUCCAACAAUGAAGGUUUUUAUUAAUGGCGAACUUAUCAAAAAUGAAUAUAGGAGUACAAGAUCCGUUGAGGCAUUAACCGAAUUUGUUCAAAAACAACUCCAAGUCAGCAUAAACGAAUUCUUUACAUUGGAAUACCUCAAUGGUGCAAUUAAAUCAGAAAAGAGAAAUAUUAUUGCUUACUUCCAUUGUAGAGAUUGUGUUGAAUAUCAAAAUUUUCAGAAAAUUGCUGCCCUUUUACGCGAUGAUUGUGCCUUUUGGGUUGGUAGAGACGCUGCUUUGACAGCCAUAAAAGAAAAUAUGAUGUCUUUUCGUGAUCCUACAACACAAGACGAGCAAAAGUUCAUUGGAAAUUUUGCCGAUUAUGAGUUUGUCAAACACUGGUUGACUGACAAAUGUAUACCUCUUGUUAGAGAAGUUACUUUUGAAAAUGUUGAAGAAUUAACUGAAGAAGGAUUGCCUUUUCUUAUACUCUUUCGUGAUCCAAAUGAUCGAGAACAGGAUAAAAUGUUUACUGAAACGGUUGCUCGUGAAUUGCAUGACCAAAAGACUGCAGUUAAUGCUUUACUUGCUGAUGGUUUUAAAUUUGCUCAUCCUCUCAAACAUAUGGGUAAAACUUCUAAAGAUUUGCCAGUUCUUGCUAUUGACUCUUUCCAACAUAUGUUUUUGUUUGAGAAUAUGCAUGAAUUACAUGAGCCUGGCAAAUUAAGACAGUUUAUUAUGGAUUUACAUUCUGGCGAACUUCACAAAAAAUUCCAUGAGACUUUAGAUGAAAAAAUUGCCGAAAUUCAAAAGAAAGCACUUGAACAGCUUAACGAUGAUUUUGGAAGUCCUCCAAGCGAGGGAGAUGGCGGCGGUGGUGCUAAACCCCCUUCAAUAAUGCCAAAAGACACAACACCAGUACCUUCAAUAUUUAAAGAAUUGAAACCUUCAGAGAAGCGUUAUUCUCUUUUACAAAAAACUGAGCUGUGA